AUGAAUCGCAAGUUUAGCAGUGCUUCUGCGGAGUUGGUUGGAAUAGAUGAUCAGAAAAAGAAGAUUUUGAGCCUAAUUGAGCAAAAAGACAGUCGUCUAAUAGGACUCUGGGGACAAGGUGGUAUAGGCAAAACUACCCUCUCUGAUGUUAUAUUCAAUGAAAUCUGUCAUGAGUUUGAAGGUAAAUGCUUUCUUCUAAAUGUUAGAGAGAAAUUUAAAACACAGAGGAUGGAAUCAUUACGAAAGGACCUUUUUUCCAAACUCUUAAACCAAGAAAUUCAUGUAAACACCCCCUCAAUUGGGUCAACUUUAAUCCAAGAGAGGCUAAGCAAUAAAAGAGUACUUGUUGUCCUUGACGAUGUUAAUGACUCAGACCAAAUAGAUUGUUUUGGUGUUAGACAGUUUGGUGAUGGAAGUAAAAUCAUUGUAACAUCAAGAGAUAGACAAGUACUUAAAAAUAUAGGUGUUGAAAAAAUACAUGAGGUAAAGAAGUUAGAUAAAAAUGACUCUCUUCAACUGUUUUCUACAUUUGCAUUUAAACAAUUGAAUCCUACUGCUGAUUUUCGAGAUCUGUCGAACAAGUUUGUAGACUAUGCCCAAGGAAGUCCGCUUGCGCUUAGAGUUUUGGGUUCUAAACUAUAUAAAAAGUCUAUAAAAGAGUGGGAAAGUGAGGUGGAUAAACUAAAGGAAUAUGGCCAACCAAAAAUUUCACAGAUUUUGAGGAGUAGUUUUGAUGACUUGGAUGAACUAGAGAAGAAUAUAUUCCUUGAUGUUACAAUCUUCUUUAAAGGAUCAUUCAGAGAAGAUGUAGAAAAAAUUUUAAGUUGUUGUUAUAAGGGUGUUGUGUGUGGUAGCAACUUGAUCGACAAGAGUCUGUUUGAUAGCAGACCAUCAAUAAUUAAUAUGCAUGAUAUGCUUGAAGAGAUGGGCAAGGACAUUAUUCGUGAAGAGUCUAUAGACCCUGGAAAGCGUAGUAGAUUAUGGAUUACUAAAGACGUGUAUCAAGUGCUCAGAUAUAAUAAAGGGAAUAAUUUAAUACAAGGAAUAAAGUUAGAUAUGUCUCAAAUUGAUACUAUGAAGUUACAUCAUUCUAUUUUUGAGGGCAUGAUUAAUCUUAGAAUUAUAUUCUUCUACAUUCCUGGGUGGGUUUGGUAUAAGCGUUCGGCAAAGAAGCUUCUUGCAGACCAAGUUGAUAGUCUAUCUCUUCCGGAUGAGCUAAGGUAUCUUUAUUGGGGUUUUUAUCCUUUCAAAUCUUUAUCAGGUUUAAAUCCAAAGAAUCUUGUUAUGUUGGAUUUAUCACAUGGCAAUGUGGAACAUCUUUGGAAUGAUAAUGAUGAUCAAGUACUCGUCAAUCUAAGGGAAAUUAACGUCUUUGGUUGCAAGAAUUUAAGGAAGAUCCCUAGUCUAUUAGGAGCCAUCAAUCUUGAAAUCCUUGACUGUAGUGGGUGUGAAAAUAAAACUGAAAUAGAAGAAGUGCCUGAAUCAAUUGAGCAUCUCAUCAGACUUAGAGAGUUGUUGUUGUGGAACUCAAAGGUAAAAAAAGUAUCAAGAAAUAUUUCAAAGUUGGAAUCUCUUCGUAGGAUGGCUGUUAGUAAUUGCCCAUUGGUUGAAUUCCCAGAAAUUCCAGGAUGCUUAAGAGAAUUAAAUUUAUCUGGGACUCAAAUUAAAGAAGCAUCCUUGUCUUUAGACUCUCUUAGUAAUCUUCGAGACUUAAAGAUGAGCGGCUCAAGCAUUCAAAAGCUAGAGUGCAAUAUGUUCGGUUCGAAAGAGAUUCCAGCGUCACCAAGCUUUAUGUUUACAAGCUUUCGUACUUUGGCAGUGGACCGUUGCAGGAGUCUUAAAUUACUCUCAGAGCUUCCACCAUAUAUUCGAUACUUGGAAUCACAUGGCUGCACAUCAUUAGAAAAACUUGAAUCAAGAAUCGAUAACAUUGAGGCAAAUGCCAUGCUCAAAUUUGAAUCCCAAUUAAAGAAACAGAGCUGGACAUGGGAGUACAAUAUAUUAUUUUGUUGUUUCCCGGGGAACACAAUUUCAGAAAAUAAGUUCGAGCAUCAGAGCAAGAGUUCUUCAUUAGUUUUGAAGAUAGCGCCAAAUAGGUGUUGUGGGAGCAGAUUCUUGGUUUUCUCCAUCUGCCUUGUGGCUGAUCUCACGCCCUGCCACCACCAUGAAUCUCUUAACUUUAUUUGUAAAUACCAACUGACAGUUGCCGCCGGUGGUGGUUGUGAACAGUUCAAAAGUCGGUGGGAUUCCGGUAUAGAUGAUGUGACAAAGUGGAAGUUUAUGGGUGAUCAUGUUUUUAUCCUAUUUAGUAAGGAUAUGGUUACAAAAGACAAGGAUUAUGAGGAGGCUUCAUUUGAUUUCUACAUUGAAAAUCCCAAUUUCAAUGUAGAAGGAGAAGAAAUUGAAGACGAAUAUAUAAAGGUGGAGAAAUGUGGUGUACAUGUAUCUUAUGUGGAUGAAGAACCCAGCACCACCCCACAACAUGAAAGUCCAAGGCACACUUAA